UCAGGAAGUGAAAGGGACGCCAGGAAACGAGCGAGUGGGGCUGCAGGGGCCGCGCGGCGCGAGCGACGCGCAUGGGAGACGCGAGGUGCCCCGCGGGUGGGACAGCGCCGCCGGGGCCGCCGCCGGCCGCCGUGCCAGCGCUGAGCGGCUCCGCCUCCGCCUGCGCAGGGAGCACGGGCGGCGGGGACGGGAGGUGAGCGCCCAUCCCCGCGGCGGCGGCCGCCCUUUCCCCGCGGCGGAGCAGGAGGAUGCAGCCCGGUGUUGGGCUCUGAGGGAUGGAGGGGGUCCUGUACAAGUGGACCAACUACCUGGCAGGCUGGCAGCCUCGGUGGUUUGUUUUAGACAAUGGGAUAUUGUCAUAUUACGAUUCACAGGAUGAUGUUUGCAAAGGCAGCAAAGGAAGUAUAAAGAUGGCUGUGUGUGAAAUAAAAGUUCAUGCAACAGACAACACAAGAAUGGAACUAAUCAUCCCAGGGGAACAGCAUUUCUACAUGAAAGCAGUUAAUGCAGCCGAAAGACAAAGGUGGCUGGUAGCACUGGGGAGUGCAAAAGCCUGUUUAGCAGAUACCAGAACAAAAAAAGAAAAAGAAAUAAGUGAGACCAGUGAGUCUCUUAAAACCAAAAUGUCUGAACUUCGUCUCUACUGUGAUCUUUUAAUGCAGCAAGUUCAUACAAUACAAGAAUUUGUUCACCAUGAUGAGACUCACUCUCCUCCCAGCAUUGAGAACAUGAAUGAAGCCUCUUCCUUGCUUAGUGCCACAUGUAAUACAUUUAUUACAACACUUGAAGAAUGUGUGAAGAUUGCUAAUGCCAAGUUUAAGCCAGAAAUGUUCCAGCUGCCUCACCCAGAUCCUUUAAUUUCUCCAGUGUCACCAUCACCUGUCCAAAUGAUGAAGCGUUCUGUUAGUCACCCUGGCCCUUGCUAUUCAGAUAGGAAUAAUCACUCCAUAAAAGAACCAGUUUCAUUCGUUCAUAGAUUUUCACAGCGGCGCAGAAGAACGUACUCUGAUACAGAAUCUUACAGUGAUACUCCCUUUGAAGAUUCUCAGAGAUCUGCUCAUUGUUCUAGAAGUGCUGUCAAUGGAGAUCUGGUAUCAUCAAGCAUUCCUGAAGAAAAUACAUCAGUGUUGAAGGAAAGAUCUGAACUGGAAGAGACUCUUUCAUCCUUUUCUUCCUGAAGAAACUGAAAGUAUUCAAUUUUCUAUAAAUAAUGCUAUGCAAAAGCUGCUGUAAUUAUACUGUUGUUAUAGGAGGUAGUCAUUUCCCUUUUUAGAAGGAUUUCUCUGCACUUUAUAGAAUUACAUAAAACUAUCUUUGAAGUGUAUUUUAUCUUUAUACUGUUUAUUUGCAAGAGUAUUUUCCUAAUAUUUCACAGUUUGAAUGUGUGUUUUUUGGAACAAAUGAUGGCUUAGCAGAUAAGCAUCCACUUUUGUAACUGUAGCUCUUUUUAAGAAGCGUGAAGGUCUGACUGAUACAUCAGCAAACCUGCAGGUUAUAAACUUCAGCAAAAAGGUUUAAUUUCUUUUGAGAAAAUACAGCUUGUGCCAUCCAGAAGGAGCUGUGAUUAGCCCUGCAGUUGGUACUUUGAAGGGCUGUGGAAUGUGCACCAAUGGGUCUACUCUGGCAGCUUGAUAGUAACUGACAUUGCCUUCUUUAAAAACACGAGGAUAUACAUGAUCCGGUCCUUAUUUUUAGCCAAUGAAAGUAGAAAUAUUUAGUGUAUUUUUCUAAAUAAAUGUAUAAAAAUAACUUAAUAUGAAACAUUUGUACCAAACAUUGGAUAUUUAAUAAUUUUUAUUUAUUUAUUCUUUUUUGCAUCAAAAAUUUCUACCUACUUUCACUACUAAAGAUCUACUAAAGGCUUCACAAUGUGCAUAAGUUGUUUCUGGGGUGUGUAGCAUCACAAGUAGCUAAUGCAGCACUGUUAAAAUUUACUAUACUCACUUCAAGAUGUGCUUUUAACAAAGUAUUAUAAAAGCAAAAGCUGAAAUAUUAGACCAUUAAGCUGCUGCUGUAACGAGUAUUUGUCUAUACCUAUUUUAUUUAUGAUGUAUUUAUACAAAAGGGAGCUUUUGUUUUUGCAACUCCUUUAUAUCAUUCAAGGAUGGUAUACACCAGGAGAUGGAUUUUACUCUCAGUUACUUCAGUGUAAAUUUUCAUGAGCUGUGAGACUGGAGUCUGACUCUUAAUGAGUAAUAUAGUAUAACAGUGCCUACUAGCACCUUGGUCCAUAAGGUUGUUGAUGUUAGCAUUGUAAGUUGGGGGGGAGGGCAAUUUUUAGGUAUUCAUUUAGAGAUAAACUUGGUCUAUGAAGUCUUAGCUGUAGAGCACUUUAAGCAAGCCAUCUACUGUUUUUGAUUUACAAAAUUGUUAUGUAAAUGUACAGGGUUUUUGCACUCAAGCACAUACCAAAAUCUGUUUUUAUACUCAAAUCUUCUUUAAAUUGGUUUAACUAGUCUUCCUCUUGUGUAUAUGAAUAAUUUGGUGUUUUUGAAGCAGGCUGGCAAGGACAGAUGGAAUGGAAUGGAAGCUUUCCUUACAAAUUUCUGGAAUGUUUAUCUAUCUAAAUCAAAAUGGGGCCAAAAACAGAUGAGCUGUUGCCCAUGCAUAAAAUGCCAGUUUGUAAACCGUUGUCGUGGUCAAAUGGAGUGGUUUGUACAAGUAAACUUGUUUGUGGAUACAAGGUCAGAGCUGUCAUUUGUGCUCAGUUCUGUCAGUUUGCCUGCAAGAAGCAUUUGCAUAUGCAUAUCAACCACACACAUGCUUGUACAUUUUUUUCUGAAUGUUUUAAUAUAUUCUGUAUGUGACAAUUAUAAAACUAUUAAAGAAGGUGGUCAGAGGUGUAAACUACAAA